CUGGCGACCUGCGGAUCGUGGCACAGGAAAACAACUCACAAGGCAAAAAAGCACAUCUCAUGGAUGGAACAUGGUGAAGUGGUUACGAGAGCAGACUUUGGAGCCAGACUGCCUCGGUUUGAAUUGUGCAGUUUCAGAUUUCUGCUUGGCAGAUUAACCAACAGCAAGAGGGGCUGAUCUGUCUACAUUCUGAGUACUGCCUUUGGCAAGCCACUUCUUACAGACCCUGGACCCAAGUCUACCUGACUACCCCUACCCCAGCCCGCCCCAGACAGUAUUCUGGGGUUCACCUGAGGUCAGCAGUGUGAAGAUGACCAGUGCCUUUUUAGCAUGACGACUUUGGACCAUGUGAUUGCUACCCACCAGUCAGAGUGGGUCUCCUUCAGUGAAGAGCCACCCUUUCCUGCCCACUCGCAGGAGGGCACAGAAGAGCACCUCCCAGGAUUGUCAUCUUCCUCAGACCAGUCCGAGGGCUCCUCUGGGGAGAACCAUGUGGUGGAUGGAAGCUCUCAAGACCAUUCCCACUCGGAGCAGGAUGACUCCUCUGAAAAGAUGGGCCUCAUCUCUGAAGCAGCUUCCCCACCUGGGAGCCCUGAGCAGCCCCCACCUGACCUGGCCUCAGCCAUCAGCAACUGGGUUCAGUUUGAAGACGACACACCCUGGGCCAGCACAUCUCCACCUCAUCAGGAAACAGCCGAGACAGCCCUACCAUUGACCAUGCCCUGCUGGUCAUGCCCUUCCUUUGACUCCCUGGGAAGAUGCCCUCUGACCUCUGAGAGCAGCUGGACCACCCAUUCUGAAGACACCAGCAGUCCUAGCUUUGGAUGUUCCUAUACAGACCUGCAGCUCAUUAAUGCUGAGGAGCAGACGAGUGGCCGGGCUUCUGGGGCCGACUCGACUGACAAGAGGACCGAGUGGCAGACAGGCAGGCAGACGGCAGUGAGUCCUGUUCAAGCAUGCUCGGAGCAUACCUCCACCCGCACCCACCGCCUGGACCCCUCGCCACCCUCUCCCCAGCCCAGGAGGAGCCAGAACCCCUGCGAGGGUCCGGAGGGCGCCUCCGCUCCCAAUGACAAUUCCUCCUGGAUCCAGGAAGAUGAAGAAGUAGAGAUGGAGGCCAUCAGCUGGCAGGCCAGCAGUCCAACCAUGAAUGGGCACCCUGCCCCUCCAGUGACCUCUGCUCGUUUCCCCAGCUGGGUCACCUUUGAUGACAAUGAAGUUAGCUGCCCUUUACCUCCAGUCACCCCUCCUCUGAAGCCAAAUACACCACCAGUUGCAUCUGUGAUCCCAAAUACAUCUUAUAAUUCAACAGGAUCAUUUAAAAAGAGGGACCGUCCCAAGAGCACUUUGAUGAACUUCUCCAAAGUUCAGAAGCUGGAUAUUCCCUCUUUAAACCAACCGCCUUCUGUAACCGAGGCUCCACCGUGGAGGCCAACCAACCCUUUUCUGAAUGAGACUCUGCAGGAUGUACAGCCCUCCCCUAUCAACCCUUUCAGUGCUUUCUUUGAGGAGCAGGAAAGGCGCUCCCAAAACAGUUCCAUUUCCAGUACCAAGGGCAAAAGCCAAAGAGAUUCCCUCAUUGUCAUCUAUCAGGAUGCCAUCAGUUUUGAUGAUUCAAGCAAAACCCAGUCACACACUGACGCUGUUGAAAAGCUCAAACAACUCCAAAUUGAUGACCCUGAUCACUUUGGCAGUGCAGCUCUACCUGAUGAUGACCCCAUAGCCUGGAUUGAACUAGAUGCACACCCGCCUGGAUCAGCACGGUCCCAGCCGAGGGAUGGAUGGCCAAUGAUGCUGAGGAUCCCAGAGAAGAAAAACAUCAUGUCCUCCCGGCACUGGGGACCGAUCUACGUCAAACUGACAGACAGUGGUUACCUGCAGCUAUAUUAUGAGCAGGGCCUAGAGAAACCAUUCCGUGAGUUCAAGCUGGAGAUGUGUCAUGAGAUUUCAGAACCCCGGCUUCAAAACUAUGAUGAGAAUGGCAGAAUCCACAGCUUGCGGAUAGACCGUGUCACCUAUAAGGAGAAGAAGAAAUACCAGCCCAAACCUGCUGUGGCCCACACAGCAGAGAGGGAACAGGUGAUUAAGCUGGGCACCACCAAUUACGAUGACUUCCUGAGCUUCAUCCGUGCAGUUCAGGACCGUCUCAUGAAUCUGCCGGUGUUGUCAAUGGACUUGAGCACAGUUGGCCUGAACUACCUUGAAGAGGAGAUCACAGUGGACGUCAGAGAUGAAUUCUCUGGCAUUGUGAGCAAAGGAGACGGCCAGAUUCUCCAGCACCACGUCUUGACGCGGAUCCACAUCCUGAGUUUUCUGUCUGGGCUCGCAGAGUGCCGCCUGGGCCUCAAUGACAUCCUCGUCAAAGGGAAUGAAAUAGUUUUGAGGCAGGACAUCAUGCCCACCACCACCACAAAGUGGAUCAAGCUCCAUGAGUGCCGCUUCCAUGGGUGUGUGGACGAGGACGUAUUCCACAACUCACGGGUCAUUCUGUUCAACCCUUUGGAUGCAUGCCGGUUUGAGCUAAUGCGGUUCAGGACAGUGUUUGCUGAGAAGACCUUGCCUUUCACACUCAGGACAGCCGCAAGUGUCAGUGGGGCGGAGGUGGAGGUGCAGAGCUGGCUGAGGAUGUCAACUGGCUUCUCCUCCAAUCGUGACCCCCUCACUCAGGUUCCCUGUGAGAAUGUGAUGAUCCGUUACCCUGUGCCCAGCGAGUGGGUGAAAAACUUCCGCAGGGAAAGUGUCCUGGGGGAAAAGUCUUUGAAAGCCAAAGUGAACCGGGGGGCGAGUUUUGGCUCCACUAGUGUUUCUGGCUCUGAGCCUGUCAUGAGAGUAACUCUGGGAACUGCCAAGUACGAGCAUGCCUUCAACUCCAUUGUGUGGAGGAUAAACCGACUGCCCGACAAAAACUCAGCUUCUGGUCACCCACACUGUUUCUUUUGCCACCUUGAACUUGGCUCUGACCGGGAAGUGCCUUCCAGAUUUGCCAGUCACGUGAAUGUCGAGUUCAACAUGCCCACAACUUCUGCCUCCAAAGCCACUGUGAGAUCUAUCUCCGUGGAAGACAAGACUGACGUCAGGAAGUGGGUCAAUUAUUCUGCACACUACAGCUACCAGGUAGCCUUAGGAGCCAACCUUCCAAAUCCUCUAUUUUGCAAUUGCCUUCCAAACACAGAUUUAAAAAGAGCAUCAAAUUGGGUGGUGAAGAUCAGGUGGAAUGCUUCCUUGGAAGUUCCACUGGCAUCAUCCAUUAGAGAACAAUGGUGUAAGUGUGAAGAGCUACAGACAGGUCUCCAAAAUGGAUAUUAGGAUUUGGGUACUAUUUGACACAGAAGUAGGUCUAGCCCUUCAAGUACUGAGGAUGCUAGGAUGAUCGGUGAUGUGUGUGUGUAUAUAUAUAUGUCUUAUGUCAUUUUGUAUAAAAUAUUGUGAAAAUUGAAGGACACUCAGUAAACAUCCUGGGACUAUUUGUAAGUUAUGGCAAAACCAGAUGAAAGAGGGGAACAGUACCCUCUGCAUCUCACUGUCUCUUAGUAACAGCAAAUUGUAAUUUUUUUUUUUUUUUUUUUUGAGAGGGAGUUUCG